AUGGGUGUUCCCUUCGAGGCCCUCCUCCCCUUCGGGAUCAUCAUCGGCUGCUUCGGUGCCGGCGGUUAUGGCCUGAUGGCCGUCAAGAACUGGACGAACGAAGGCAAGCGGGCGCGGUGGAACAGAGAUGUGUGGGACAGAGUAAUGAUGGAGAGAGAUAUGAGACUCACAGGAACCGCGCGAGGACAGUCGUGCAACCACGAAGCGCCCCCGGGCUUCGAGCUGAGCAACCCAUGGAAGCUCGAAAAACGCAUCUUCUAG